AGACAAAAUGGCAGACGAGGUAGACUUUUCAAGGAAGGGAUAAUUAUUGCAUCGUUUUCUCUUAUUUAGUGACCUUUUAUGAUGCCCUCAUUCGGCCAAAUUGUAAUUGGUCCUCCAGGUUCUGGUAAAAGUACAUUUUGUGCUGGAAUGUGCGAGUUCUUGACCAGCCUAGGGCGAAAAGUUGCAGUAAUAAACUUGGAUCCUGCGAACGAAAUAUUGUACUAUAAAUGUUCUGUGGAUAUUUCGACUCUUAUAACACUGGACGAUGUUAUGGAAAAUCUUAAACUGGGCCCCAACGGUGGACUUAUAUACUGUAUUGAAUAUCUUGAGAAGAAUAUUGACUGGUUGGAGUCGAAGCUAAAAGAACUGAAGGGACAUUAUUUUCUAUUUGAUUGCCCUGGUCAAGUAGAACUGUAUACUCAUCAUCAGUCGGUAAGAAAUGUGGUCAGACAGUUGGAAAAGUGGGACUUUAGGGUAAGUGGAAGAAAUUGUAUUUUUUUUAAAUUUCGCCCUACUACUUUACGAGGAGGACAUUUGGGGGCACCUAAUACCAGAGAUGCCAACCUCUGAAGGAUAGGAUAGCAUAGGAUAGGUUAGGAUAGGAUAGCUGCUCUAUUAUCAACAGAGCGCCUACACAGACACAUGUGUUUAUGACAAUAACAAACAUUUUAGUGCAAUAAUUACAGAGGUGUUCAUCUGUGACCUUAGGGUAAGGGAAGGAAAUUGUAUUUUUUUUAUUUUGCCCUCCUACUUUACAAGGAGGACAUCUGAAUCUGGAGACUCUCUUUUGUACCCCCUCAGAAAAUGUGCCUGAUGUGUUUAACAUCUUUUAAGAAAUGUUACUAUACUACCACUUGCCCCUUCCCCUCAGAAACUGUGGACUGUAGUCUUACAAUCCUCAGAAAGUUUCACUUUUCUUUUACUUCCCCUCAGUAUAUCUGGAAUUCAGUCCCAAAAAUUUGAGAAAUUUAUCCUUCAUAAAAUUUCUUCACUGGGGGUGGAGGGCGGAGGGUGGGGUAGGCAUGGGAUUACAAACUUAGGCAUGGGUCAAUUAAUGCUCAACCUAAUAAAUUAUUAAGGUUGGUUGUAGGGUAAACUUUGCUGGCUGUAGGGAAACUGGGAAAUUUGUAUAACACAGAAGAGAUAAUUCUAAAAAAUGUGCAAAGCAGUAUAAAACCUGCCACUGCACAUCAUGAAAUGACAAAGAAAACAACAUAGCCCUCUGAGUACUAAUUAAGAAUAAGGAUAUAAGAACUUUAAGCCAAACUACCCGUUAACAAAAUAAUACAUCUGAUAAUAAUAAGGCUUUUCCUGGGAUAAAGGCCCCCCUCAAAAUGUAUGAAAUGAAUUCAAUGGUUACAAUUUGGGUUGCCCAGGCAAAAGUCCAGAAUUAAAGAAUGGUGAAAAAAUUGUGUGCAACUUGAACAUUUUAUUGAUUAGCAUUUUAUUUCCUUUAUAGUUACUAAGAAAGGGUUUUAACUAAACUGUUAAGUACAACAGGCUACAGGCCUAGGCUAAACAUGAUUUAUUUAAGUUUUACAAGUAGCCAUGUUCGGUCAGUUUACCAUGAAGGCAAGACCGUACGCUUAUGUUUUUCCUCAUUUAAGGCAGUGGCUCCUGCGUCACCUUUUUUCCCUUGAAGGCAGCGAAACUCCUUCUAAAAAACAUCUGAUCUUAAUGCGUAUAAGUCACCAGUUUCUGCUUCACUUUUUUUUUCCCAAAUAAACGCCUUCUAAAAAAAUGUCUUAUCUUGAUGAGUGCUGUCACUUUUUUUACGAAUGGCCUCUGAAUGCAGUAAUUCAUAAUAAAAAAAAAAGCUGAGUCUGCGAUCGUUUCACAGAUAAUACUGCACCAUCAAGGAUGGUGCCCAAACUUCAAUAUAUUUUAUUGUAGACAAAAGCUGCUUGCUAUUCUCCAAUAUUCUAAAAGUUUUAAGUGGAUAAGAAGUAAUCAGAACAAAGGGAAAAUGUAUCAAAUCAUAUAAGAAUUUUUGGAUCGUUUUGAAAAGAUUUUGUGGUUGAGCAAAAACCUCACUCUUCUGAAGAGCUACUUUUGAAGUUAUCUUAAUCGUCCAUACGAGAUUGUAGUCAUCUGGGACGACUGGACGACUGGGAAUAUGGAUCCCUGCCCUCUGUUUAUAAUCACUCUAAACCUCAGGACCCAGUUGUUUGAAGGCGGAUUAGCACUAACCCAGGAUUAAAUUUUAAUCUGGGUUCCUUUUUCUUUUGUUCCAAAGCAUUUUCCAGGAUAAAUUUCUCGGUGGUUACUAAAACAAGGAACCACCUGAAACGACCUGAAAUGAUCUGAAACCACCUGAAACCACCUGAAACAACCUGAAACGACCUGAAAACAACAAUAAAAAUAAUUUGAUCGAUCUAUGGACGUUUGUUUUCACGGGAGAACUGGAAACUAAUUUUCGCCGCAAAGACCCAUGGGACUAAAAUUUUCCCGCCGAAGUCUAAGGACAAUGGCGGAGUGUAGCGACUCCGAUUGCUUCUGGUGGUGGUUGCAGGUGGUUUCAGGUGGUUCCUUGUUUUAGUGACUACCUAAAUUUCUCAAUUAUGUUUAGAGCAUUCAGUUAACAAAUUAUAUGUAAAAAGAAUUAAACUGAAUGUGCUUUUUAAGCGUUCAUAUGUGAAUUCAGUUUUUGCACUAACCCUGGGUUAUCUUAACCCAGCUUUGAACAGCCCGGCCCAGAUGUAUAAACCUAGGACUUGGAAGCAGCAGUUUUCAUUUUGCAGUGAUGGCUACAUGCUGCCGUUCUAUUAUUAGUAUUUUUUUUCUUUCAGCUAGCUGCAGUUCAUCUUGUUGAUGCACAUCACUGUAGUGAUCCUACAAAGUUUAUUUCUGUGCUUCUGACUUCACUGUCCACUAUGAUUCAUAUUGAACUGCCUCAUGUCAAUGUCCUUUCCAAGAUUGACUUGGUGGAGCAGUAUGGAAAGCUAGGUAAAAUAAUUAUUUUCCACUUUAAGUAUUAAAACAAUGUAGGUGAUGUGUGCAGUGAUCCUUCACUUUAUAAUUGUAUGGGAGAGUCACAGAAAAGAAUAAAUAACAGUCAAUUGUUGUACCUUAAAAUGAAAUUCAGGUUGAAUUGUUUUGACCAUAUUUGAAUUGCAGUUUCCUUUGUCUGCUAAUCCUAAUUAUAACUCGUUUUUACGAAUAAUGAUGGUUUGUGGCACAAAGGAAAUGGACAGCAUUAUCCACAAUGAUAUUUCCUAAAUGUUGUGCCUAAAUUAAUUAAAUUUAAGCUAUGUUUAUUACAACACAAUAGCUCUCCCCCAGGGUUAGUGUGUGGGCUGUCUAGGGUAUUGUGUGCAGGCACUUUACUUUGUUUACAGCAUGGUUUCCUAUUUCAAGUCAUUCUGUGUUUGUUUCUUGCUACUGGGCAAUUGUAGCUGAUUUUAUCCCUUGCCUGCCCAUCGCUCUUGGCGUGGCAAAUUAGUAAAGAUCUUAGUUUCCACUGUUUAAUUCAGUACAGACAACCUUGCCUGGUCAUGGUUGCUGCUCACAGAGUUAUCAUGGAUAGCCUGCAAGCUCCUGCGCAUUUGAUUCAGUUGAGUUUGGCUCUCGGGUCCCCCUUCCUUUCUUAGGCAAGCUACAUUCCCCAAGUCUAUUUAAUGUAAUAACAAAAUGAAAAUAACUAAAAAUUAUUAUGUACUAUGGUUGGGAGUGAUAGGAAAUUUAGAAUCAAAGGUUUGUUCAUAUACAACCAUUAUGUUAAUCUGAAUUUCAUUUUGAAAUAGAAGAUGAAUAUCAAAGAUCACUUUCAACACUGCCUUAAAUACUUAAUAAGCAGUAAUUUUGUUCUUGAAAAUAAGAAGAUACCUCUUUCAUUCAUUUUUGCGAUUUUACUAACAUGCUUAAGAUUAUAGUACUCAGUUUCACAUUCACUACAACCACUUAAUAAAAGCAUUGAAAACACAAUUUUUUUUUUAUGGAGUUAGCCUUCCUUUAAUUUUUCUAAAGUGAAUUUAUAUUCAUAAACUCCAGAAAAGGCAAGAUCAGUUGUCAACCCUUCAUUUAGAGUAUUUUCAAAUUUUAGCUGGUACAACACUUACUGUACCUUCCUGCUGUUAUACACUGUAUAUGGAUAAUUAUUGUUUUAUUUAGGUCAAGGCUGUACAGUGUAUCAUUGGUUCUUGUAUUCAUGAGCAAUAAUUUUUAGCACAAAAAAGGGAUCAUUAUAUGUUUCUGGGAAACUUCCCACCUACCCCUUCCUUAAGCCAACAUUUUGCCCUAAGUGAGAAGUAAGUGUUAACGUUGGCUUAGGGGAUGGGUAUGUGGGCAGCUUCCCAGAAAAAAGUAUAAUCAUCCCAAAAAAGGACCUCUGUCCUUCACAGAGGCUAAAAAUAGCAAUGACAGAAAGAGGCCUCUGUGGAUGAGAGGGAAAAAAGGAGUAUUAUUGAUCAUUGGGAAUUUUAAUGGGAAAUUUUAACAGUAAAAUUUUGUUUAACAUCCCCUGGUGUCAAUCACACUGCCCUUCGGUUGUUUUCCAUAAAUUACUUUCUAAAUAUCCUUAAAACUCCAAGAAAGCAAUACCAACUCAGUAAAACUUCUGGCUCUUGAAAUACAGUGACUUCUUAUCAGCAUGGUACUAGUAUAUUCUCUGACUCGUCUCCUUGCAUUUUUUGUUGUAGUAAUAAGGAGAAUUUGUUUAAUAAUCAGGACAUGUUAUCUUUGAUAAUCAGUUCCUUUAUUUGUGGCCUUUAUGUUUAAUUAAACAGUAAAAUACAAGGCUCAGGAGUGCUGAGACUUAAUUGUACAAGUUACUCUCAAACCAUUCCCAUUCACUCCCUUUUACUAAUAUAAUUUGCUUUCAAUCAUUCCCAUUUCAGUCUUUGAAGCCUUGCCUCUUAUAGUAGUAAUGUGUUUCUAUUUUUUUUUGUAGCAUUUAACCUGGACUUUUACACGGAAGUUCUAGACUUAAAUUUUCUCUUGGAGCACAUCAAGGAUGACCCUUUUUCACAGAAAUACAAAAAGCUAAAUGAGGCUUUAGUCAGCUUAGUGGAAGAUUAUGGCCUUGUGUCUUUUAAAACACUGGAUGUUCAAGUAAGGAAAACUUUCACCUUAAUAAUCCUUGUUAUAAAGAGGGAGUGAUUGGCCAAAAAUAAAUAAAUAAACAACAACAACAACAACAAACAAACAAAAAAGAGGAGAGGCUUCCUUCUUGCUAUUUGAGCAUUUGCUUAUAUGAGUGUAGUUUUCAAUAUACUUACUGUCCAACUAAGCAUUGGUGCAUCACUAUUCAGUUCGGCAGUUAGUCUAUAGAUAUAUAAUGCUUGGCAAAUUACUCUGGAAAGAAAUUACACUUAAGGAUGCAUCAUGGCUGAGGGGUCAUCAGUGCUUCUCCUUCAUCCGCUCAUGGUUGCACACUUGCAACCCAGCGCUCCCGGGUUCAAGUUAUGCUCUGACUACUGCCUGGAUUUAUUUCUCGGUUGUCCAAAAUUCAUAUUAUUGGCCAUGCUUGCUUUUAAAUAGCCAACAGGUUGACCUCUGCAAGUUGGCGUUUUUGAUGCCGUUUUAUUCUCUUUGGUUUAUUUUGUUUUUGAUUAUUAGAGUGGAUUGUCUGUAAUUUCGCUGGAAGGUUAAUUGCACUUCCACUGUAAGAAAAAUCUUUACUUUACCUCGUCACUUCUUAGUGAUGGCAGGUUGAGAAUAGACCAUUUUACCAUCUGUAGUGGUCAAUUAUGAACCCCAUUUAUAAUAUUUGGUCCGAAUAGUAUCGCAUUUAUUCAAAGAUGCUAGGCGCAUUGACGUUAUUGGUAACAUCAUUAUAACCUGCUGUUAAAUGAGAUGACGAGCCUUCCAUGCUAAACCGUCAACAAUAAAAACAACAACAACAACAACAACAACUCCGUUCUAUUAUUAGUAUUUUUUUUCUUUCAGCUAGCUGCAGUUCAUCUUGUUGAUGCACAUCACUGUAGUGAUCCUACAAAGUUUAUUUCUGUGCUUCUGACUUCACUGUCCACUAUGAUUCAUAUUGAACUGCCUCAUGUCAAUGUCCUUUCCAAGAUUGACUUGGUGGAGCAGUAUGGAAAGCUAGGUAAAAUAAUUAUUUUCCACUUUAAGUAUUAAAACAAUGUAGGUGAUGUGUGCAGUGAUCCUUCACUUUAUAAUUGUAUGGGAGAGUCACAGAAAAGAAUAAAUAACAGUCAAUUGUUGUACCUUAAAAUGAAAUUCAGGUUGAAUUGUUUUGACCAUAUUUGAAUUGCAGUUUCCUUUGUCUGCUAAUCCUAAUUAUAACUCGUUUUUACGAAUAAUGAUGGUUUGUGGCACAAAGGAAAUGGACAGCAUUAUCCACAAUGAUAUUUCCUAAAUGUUGUGCCUAAAUUAAUUAAAUUUAAGCUAUGUUUAUUACAACACAAUAGCUCUCCCCCAGGGUUAGUGUGUGGGCUGUCUAGGGUAUUGUGUGCAGGCACUUUACUUUGUUUACAGCAUGGUUUCCUAUUUCAAGUCAUUCUGUGUUUGUUUCUUGCUACUGGGCAAUUGUAGCUGAUUUUAUCCCUUGCCUGCCCAUCGCUCUUGGCGUGGCAAAUUAGUAAAGAUCUUAGUUUCCACUGUUUAAUUCAGUACAGACAACCUUGCCUGGUCAUGGUUGCUGCUCACAGAGUUAUCAUGGAUAGCCUGCAAGCUCCUGCGCAUUUGAUUCAGUUGAGUUUGGCUCUCGGGUCCCCCUUCCUUUCUUAGGCAAGCUACAUUCCCCAAGUCUAUUUAAUGUAAUAACAAAAUGAAAAUAACUAAAAAUUAUUAUGUACUAUGGUUGGGAGUGAUAGGAAAUUUAGAAUCAAAGGUUUGUUCAUAUACAACCAUUAUGUUAAUCUGAAUUUCAUUUUGAAAUAGAAGAUGAAUAUCAAAGAUCACUUUCAACACUGCCUUAAAUACUUAAUAAGCAGUAAUUUUGUUCUUGAAAAUAAGAAGAUACCUCUUUCAUUCAUUUUUGCGAUUUUACUAACAUGCUUAAGAUUAUAGUACUCAGUUUCACAUUCACUACAACCACUUAAUAAAAGCAUUGAAAACACAAUUUUUUUUUUAUGGAGUUAGCCUUCCUUUAAUUUUUCUAAAGUGAAUUUAUAUUCAUAAACUCCAGAAAAGGCAAGAUCAGUUGUCAACCCUUCAUUUAGAGUAUUUUCAAAUUUUAGCUGGUACAACACUUACUGUACCUUCCUGCUGUUAUACACUGUAUAUGGAUAAUUAUUGUUUUAUUUAGGUCAAGGCUGUACAGUGUAUCAUUGGUUCUUGUAUUCAUGAGCAAUAAUUUUCAGCACAAAAAAGGGAUCAUUAUAUGUUUCUGGGAAACUGCCCACCUACCCCUUCCUUAAGCCAACAUUUUGCCCUAAGUGAGAAGUAAGCGUUAACGUUGGCUUAGGGGAUGGGUAUGUGGGCAGCUUCCCAGAAAAAAAGUAUAAUCAUCCCAAAAAAGGACCUGUCUCCUUCACAGAGGCUAAAAAUAGCAACGACACAAAGAGACCUCUGUGGAUGAGAGGGAAAAAAGGACUAUUAUUGAUGAUUGGGAAUUUUAAUCGGAAAUUUUAACAGUAAAAUUUUGUUUAACAUCCCCUGGUGUCAAUCACACUGCUCUUCGGUUGUUUUCCAUAAAUUACUUUCUAAAUAUCCUUAAAACUCCAAGAAAGCAAUACCAACUCAGUAAAACUUCUGGCUCUUGAAAUACAGUGACUUCUUAUCAGCAUGGUACUAGUAUAUUCUCUGACUCGUCUCCUUGCAUUUUUUGUUGUAGUAAUAAGGAGAAUUUGUUUAAUAAUCAGGACAUGUUAUCUUUGAUAAUCAGUUCCUUUAUUUGUGGCCUUUAUGUUUAAUUAAACAGUAAAAUACAAGGCUCAGGAGUGCUGAGACUUAAUUGUACAAGUUACUCUCAAACCAUUCCCAUUCACUCCCUUUUACUAAUAUAAUUUGCUUUCAAUCAUUCCCAUUUCAGUCUUUGAAGCCUUGCCUCUUAUAGUAGUAAUGUGUUUCUAUUUUUUUUUGUAGCAUUUAACCUGGACUUUUACACGGAAGUUCUAGACUUAAAUUUUCUCUUGGAGCACAUCAAGGAUGACCCUUUUUCACAGAAAUACAAAAAGCUAAAUGAGGCUUUAGUCAGCUUAGUGGAAGAUUAUGGCCUUGUGUCUUUUAAAACACUGGAUGUUCAAGUAAGGAAAACUUUCACCUUAAUAAUCCUUGUUAUAAAGAGGGAGUGAUUGGCCAAAAAUAAAUAAAUAAACAACAACAACAACAACAAACAAACAAAAAAGAGGAGAGGCUUCCUUCUUGCUAUUUGAGCAUUUGCUUAUAUGAGUGUAGUUUUCAAUAUACUUACUGUCCAACUAAGCAUUGGUGCAUCACUAUUCAGUUCGGCAGUUAGUCUAUAGAUAUAUAAUGCUUGGCAAAUUACUCUGGAAAGAAAUUACCCUUAAGGAUGCAUCAUGGCUGAGGGGUCAUCAGUGCUUCUCCUUCAUCCGCUCAUGGUUGCACACUUGCAACCCAGCGCUCCCGGGUUCAAGUUAUGCUCUGACUACUGCCUGGAUUUAUUUCUCGGUUGUCCAAAAUUCAUAUUAUUGGCCAUGCUUGCUUUUAAAUAGCCAACAGGUUGACCUCUGCAAGUUGGCGUUUUUGAUGCCGUUUUAUUCUCUUUGGUUUAUUUUGUUUUUGAUUAUUGGAGUGGAUUGUCUGUAAUUUCGCUGGAAGGUUAAUUGCACUUCCACUGUAAGAAAAAUCUUUACUUUACCUCGUCACUUCUUAGUGAUGGCAGGUUGAGAAUAGACCAUUUUACCAUCUGUAGUGGUCAAUUAUGAACCCCAUUUAUAAUAUUUGGUCCGAAUAGUAUCGCAUUUAUUCAAAGAUGCUAGGCGCAUUGACGUUAUUGGUAACAUCAUUAUAACCUGCUGUUAAAUGAGAUGACGAGCCUUCCAUGCUAAACCGUCAACAAUAAAAACAACAACAACAACAACAACAACAACCACCUUUAUUUACUUCACAUGAAUAUAUAAGAUAGUGCUGACCUGCAAAGUAGCAGGAACACUAAUCGAUGAACAAAAAAAAAAAAAAGAAACGACUUUGACACUAGUUUCCUUUGCUCGUGUCAUUAUCUUAGUCCAAGGAAAGUAUGUAUCAAGUGAUGAAGUCGAUUGAUCAAGCCAAUGGAUAUGUAUUUGGUGGAGUUGAAGAAGACAACAGAGGAAACUUUAGUCAACUGAUGUCAUCAGCUGUUGGAACGGAUUUUGAAUUCUUCAGGUUAGUGGAGGGCGAGGAAAGCCUUUAUUUCUCUGGAAUUUUGAAUUUUAUAGCAACUGCAUUUUUAGAAAAUGAGCUACGGUGUUUUACGGCGGGAUGGCCAGCAAGUUUUAGUCUAAAUAAGCCCAACAACUGUUGAGAUCUUAUAAUCUAAUAUCACAUGUCCGGUACUACACAUUUGAUUUAGUAACAGUUAUUGAAUGAGACUGAGUAUCAAUUGAAGAAUUAUGGAGAUCGAGUAGGGUGUUACGGCCUCGGCGGAUAACACCCCGAGAGACUCUUGAUAAUUCUUCAGAUGAUACGAAAGCCGAAUUCAAUAAUUGUUACUUAUUCUUCAUUCAAAAUAAUUCCUAGUUUACAAUCAAGCUAAAACAUGCUUACCUCUGUAGAUGGGAAAAGUUCAUCGUCGAUAGCGCAUGUUUAUUGGCAAAUUUAGGAGAUAAAAGGUUGUUUAGUUCUGCACAUAUUCUCCAAAUAGCAGAUGUCGUCCGUCGAGUUGUCUUCUUGCUGUUCUUGCUGUGUUUUUAGCCAAUAGUUCGCCUAGUUCGUCCUCUUGAAACGAGUGAAAUGUUCUGCCAUUCUGUAUCACUACAAAAAACACUACCAAUAAACAACUCAACCUCGUUCCCUGGUCUUCUCGGCUAACGGUUCAAUAAUCCGUCAAUUUUGCUGCACGAUUGACGUCAUCAGCUCACAUAUCGCAAAAUUCUUCCAAAUUUGGUUGACAGUAGCAUGUUAUGAUGCAUUAUGCGUGGGAUUUUAGCCAAUCAGAAACGAAGAGAUAUUUUGAAUGAAUAAUAAGUCAUUUUAUUAGCUGAAAGUUGUUUCUUGUUUCUUUUAGUGUUCUAUGGAAACCCCCUUUCCUCCACCUACAAUGGCGACGGAGUUUUUGAUACUUUUGAGAGGUUAUUUUCAAAUGGGGGUACUGCGAGGAACACAUUUAAAGUUGGGAUGUUCUGUUAUUUCCUAUUUACAGCUCGUACGGUGGCACAACAUUGCUUAGAGUAGGUGCCGUGGGGCCGGGUCAGGGAAUGCUUCAUUUCUCCCUUUUCAAGUCGGUACAACGUCACAAAGCGCCCUCAAGUCAAAGUGUCUUUUAAAUACUAAUUUUGACUCCGAUUGUAGGUUGUCUUUUAUUUGCUCAAGGAAGCCAUCCUGCGGGCAGGUUGUUACAUGUAAAUGUUGUUGUUUAUCUAACGUAUUUACACUGCUCGUGUCCAAUUUAUCAGAACUGCUGCAGUUCAAGAAAAGUACAUGGUGGGCAAAGACGAAAAACCGUAAUCCAUUGUACGGCAAUUCUCUUUAACAAUGCACUGUUGCAACAGACGUUGGCAGGACGAGCAAAGCGACAAAAUUUAAGUUCUCCACAAACAUGUACUUCAGAUGUUUUUGUUUCUAAUAAGCCUGUCAAAGAGUCAGGAACAUCGUACUCAUUUUAUUGGGACAGUUACUCCAGCGAUUGUGGACACCAAAGCCGAUAACGGUCAAUACAAUUAUCGGUAACCAUACAGACAUUGUACUUGUAGAUGUAAUAUAAUAUACUUACAUGUUCUAUGUAUAAUGUUACAAUAAGAUAAAAAUACAUUUUUGAAUAUUGUUACAAACUUAAUAACAACGUUUCGGCGUAGUUGACUUGAAUUAAAAGUUCGACAGAGAUCAGAGUAACACACUAUUAUAGAUGUAAAAUGAAGCUGGAGAGGG